AUGCACAUUCAAAAGCGUGUCCUUGGUACAAAUGCCUGUAAUGGCUUUUUACAUAAGUCAUCAGGAUCAAGCGAACAAAAGAAACACAAAUGUUGGCGGCGAUUUAUGAAUGAACGAGCGAUUAACCGAGCUUAUAUACCUACACCACAUGAACAUGUUGCAAAUUGUUUAACACAUGGUUGUCUCAUUGUACCAUCUUUUAUUGCUGCUCAACGACUUAUAUCUAGUGCAGAAACACCAAAAGAAUAUUGGAGUAGUAUUAUUUAUGGCAAUGCUCUCAUUUUACUUUUUUCUUUUUCUACUGUCUUUCAUUGUUCAUGUUUCCAUCCGACAUAUAGAGAUUCAAAACUAAGACAUCUAUUACAUCGUAUUGAUCGAGCUGUUAUUUAUAUUUUUAUUAGUUCUAGUUAUACACCAUGGCUUCUUCUUCGUCCAACACAAACCAUUUCAACAACAACUACAAUAACUGUCGUUUGGAUAAUGGCUUUAUUAGGCAUAGCUUUUCAACUUUUAUUUCAUGAAAGAUACAAACUACUUGAAACAUGUUGCUAUAUUAUUGUUGGUCUUCUACCAGCAAUUGUUAUUAUAGAUAUGAUUGAACAUGAUGGUUUAUUUGAAAUGGGUGUUGGUGGUUUUAUGUUUCUUUCGGGUGUAUUCUUCUUUAAAUCUGAUGGUAUCAUACCAUUUGCACAUGCUAUCUGGCAUUGCUUUGUCUUUUUUGGUGCUGCAAUUCAUUACUAUGCAGUUUAUAAUUAUCUUAUUGCACCAUCAUCUGGCAAGGCAGAUUCUAUAACAAGACAUAUUAGCCCUCCCAUACCCUGA